AUGAACACCUCAAAAGGUUUGGUUCGAGUUGACUUUUUUGAUUCUGAUUGUACUGCAGGUCAAUUCUGCAAUCCUAUUGGAUGGAACUGUAGCAAUAUUGUAAAUGUUACCAAUUCAUGCAAAUUAUCAUGUGUACAUGGUAAAUGCGACAAUACAAAUGGUAUUGCUAAAUGUACAUGUGAACCUGGAUAUAGUGGAGAAUUAUGUCAAAAUUUUGAUUCCAAUAAUGGUAAUUCCAACUUUACUAAUCCAUGUACAUUAUCAUGUGUUCAUGGUAAAUGUGAAAAUGCAACUGGUAUUGCUGAAUGUAUUUGUAAUUUAGGAUAUAGUGGAAAAUUGUGUGAUAAUGAAAACAACACCCCUUCAAACCCAUGUACUCUUGAUUGUAAUCCUCGUGGAGCUUGUGUUAAUACCACAGGAAGUGCCAUUUGUAUUUGUGAUGAAAGUGCCAACUAUGCAUUCCAAAAUAACAAAUGUGUUCGUAGUCAGCCUGUUUGUAAUAAUGGAUGUGGCAAUGGCGUUUGUAAAUAUAGUGAUGAUGAAUCAUCAGUUACUUUUUGUGAUUGUGAUUUAGGAUACAAAUCUCAAUCAGGUCCAUGUAGUUCUUGUAAUGAUAUUUUAGGAUAUGUUGAAUCAAAUGGCAAAUGUGUUUGUGAUGAAUCAGCUGGAUUAGUUACUUCAUCCAAUGGAACUUGUGUCCAAACAAAUGCUCCAAAAUGUCAAUAUGAUUGUGGUUCCAAUGGUGUUUGUGAAUUUAUUACUGCAACAACUUCAGAUUGUGUUUGUAAGAAUGGUUUUGAGACUAAAGUUGCAUCACUACCAUGUUCUUCAUGUCCAAUUGGAUCUGUUCUAAAAGGAUCUACAUGUGUCUGUGAUGUAGCUUCUGGUUAUAUUUCAAGUGGCUCUGAUUGUAUUUGUGAUACUUUGAGUGGAUUUAAUAAUACUGGUAGUGCCUGCGCUUGCAGUGAAUCUUUAGGUUUUAUCAAAGAGGGAAGCAACUGUGUCUGUAAACUUGGAUUUGAGAAUAUCGAGGGUACAUGUGUAGCUAAAGUUCCUGUAUGUGUAAAUGGUUGUGGUAAGGGAGUUUGUGAAUUUAUUAAUGUUGCUACAUCUGAUGCCACACAAUGUAAAUGUUUCACUGAAUACGUAACAACAAAUGCUCAAUCACCAUGCUCUGAAUGUGCAUCAAGUUACUCAAAGAAUAGCAAUGGAAUUUGUUUACGUGUGUGUGAAAGUGGAUAUUCUGGAGAAGACUGUUCAGUUUAUACUCCACCAACUCAAUGUAUUGAGGUUCCAAGUGGUUCAUUAACUUAUUGUAAAUCAAGUGUUUACUACAAGGUACUGAAUACCGCCUUUUCCCCAACAGCACAUUAUUCUAGUCCACAAUCUGCUUUAACAGAAAUUACUAACUUAUUGAAGAGUAUUGAUAGUGAGGCAGAAAAGAAAGCUCAAUCAAUGAUUGACACUAUUAUUAAUGGUGGAAAAACUUGUGAUGACACUUGUCGUAAAGCUAUUGCUAACUAUAUUUGUUAUCAAGAUAUCAAACCUUGCUUUUCCGAUAAAUCCACUCCAUACGAAAAAUCACUUUGUAAGAACACUUGUGCUUUCAUUUGGACUAACGGUAUUGUAAACUCAACCUCAACAAGUAAUUGUGAAGGAAAACCUGAAAGUGAAUGUUUCUAUGGUAAAUACUUACCACCUUCAACUAGUUGCUAUGGUAAACUCUAUACUGAUGCAGCUGUUUGUUCUGGUAAAGGACUUUGCAUGGAUGAAAAUUCAUGUUCUUGUCGGACUGGAUUUUCUGGCUUGAAUUGUCAAUUCAAUUUAUGUUUUGGUAUUGAUGGAAAUUCAUCAAGUGUUUGUAAUGGAAAUGGUGAUUGUGUAGGAGUCAAUAAUUGUAAAUGUAAGACUGGUUUUACUGGAAGCAGUUGUAACAUUCCAAUUUGUAAUGGUAAACAAGAGAGCGAGGGAGGUUGUUCUUUCCAAGGAACAUGUACAUCAAGUGGAUGUUAUUGUAAGAAUAAUUUUGCUGGUUCAUCAUGUUCAUCAUGUAAGGAAGGUUUUACAGGUUCUAAAUGUGACGUUCCUAUCUGUAAUGGUAUUAAGGCAAGUGAUAAGGGAGUUUGUGGAGGUAGAGGCUCAUGUGUUUCUAUUGAAGGUGUUCCAACUUGUAAAUGUUCCGAAGGUUAUGAUGGAGACUUGUGUCAAAACUUCAAAUGUAAUGGUAUUGAUAGAAGUAAUAGAGAUGUUUGCUCAGGAGUUGGUUCUUGUGUUUCAGUUGACACUUGUGUUUGUAAAGGAAAUUAUGAGCCAUCCAAAUUCUGUUCAGUUUGUACACUUGCUUAUAGUGGAGUCAAUUGUACUGGUAGAAUUUGUUCUGAUGAAGGAACAUGUAACGGUCAUGGUGUUUGUACAUCAGAUUUCAAGUGUUCUUGCACUGGUAAUUGGGUUGGUGAAUAUUGUAGAAAUUGUAAAGAAGGAUUUGUUGGAAGCAAUUGUCAAGUUCAAUGUACUUCUGCUCAAAAUUGUUCCAGUAGAGGUACAUGUAAUUCUGAUGGUUCUUGUACUUGUAUUGGAAACUCAAUGGGUGCAAACUGUGAAAAGUGUGUUGAGGGUUGGUAUGGUGAAAAAUGUGACUUUAAGAUUGAUCAAAACUCUUUUGGUUUCUCUCAAAAUGGCGAUUCUAUUUCUGGUGUCGUUUACUCAUCACUUAAAAAGAAGUUUACUUGUUCAGAAUUGAUUACUGAUGUGAGCUCAAUUGGAGAAGGUGCUGGUUGUUUAAUUAAUAGUGAAACCAUGACUAUGACAAUCUCUAUUGGUCCAUCUGCAUCUAUUAAGGUCAAUGACAAAUUAAUAUUCAAGAAGUAUUUCUCAUCACCAGAAACUGUAGCAGUUACCGUAGAAACAAAAGAUUUUGUGCCAAUACCACCAACAGCAACUUUGACUGCUGAUAAGUCUAUUAUUUCUAAAGCUUGUGGUUCAAUUUAUUUGGAUGCAUCUGGAUCUAUUUCCAAGGACCGUAGAGCAUUGAAAUUUAUUUGGGCUGUUGAAAUAUCUCCUUCAGCUGAUGACGUUUCAACCUUACAAAAAAUUCUUGAUCAACAACAAGAUAUAUCUGGUGUAAAGAUUAGUGCUAAAGAUUUGAGUGUUGGUUCUUAUUCAGUCAAAGUUACUGUUUCAAGUACUUUCUCUCAAAGGUCAACUGUUGCUUUUGCUUCUUUUGAAGUCACUGACUUGACAGCUCCAACUGUAACCAUUAAGGAAGGUCUUCAAAGUACACUAGUUAUUGGUAAGACUUCAACAAUAACUCCUCUUGUAACAUUCCCAUCAUGUUAUAUCGGAAGUGGUGAAAUUUCUUAUGUAUACAGUUGGGAUUCCAAAACAACCAUAACUGUUCCUAUCCUUCAAAUGAAGGAAAUGCUUGUUUUCAGCGAUACUUACACCAAGAUUACAGAACCUGGUGAAUAUUAUUUAACUUUGACUGUUUCUCAAACUGGAGCUGCCUCUGUUUCAAUUCCAUUUACAGUAUCUGCCAAAGCAUUACCUUUGGUAGUAGGAUUUAAUAUACGUGACAUGUCUCAGUCCUUUGAAACAGAUGUUUCAUUCGUUGUCAACAAGAAUGAUCCAAGUAAUCCGUCAGAUGCUUCAGGUAAUGUCCAAUUAUUGUGUUCCAAUAUUGAUACAGGAGUUGACUGUUCAGGAUUCAAAUCCAAUGAAAAUAAUAUUGAUCAAACAUUCUUGUCAUUUAAGAGCUCCAUGCUUCCUGGUGUUUAUUUGUUCACUACUAUUUUCACCAAAGGAUCCAGAAGAAGCUCAGCAACUGUUAAGGUUACUGUUCUUGAUCAACCAAAGAGCAGUGUUAUAAGAGUUUCAAUUAUUGCACCAGUUGGUUCUGAUUCCACAUCUAUGGAUCCAUCUAGUGACUUGAUUUUACAAUCAUCAUCAGCUGAUACACUUUCAACAUCUAGAGUAUUUACUUGGUCAUCAACUGAUUUAGAAUUGAGCUCCAUUUCAACAUCUAACAAGUACAUUAACAUACCAAAGAGUUUACUUGUUCCUGGAGCCACUUAUUCUAUCAAUGUUAAGGUUGUUGAUGGUUUGAGAUCUGGUGACGCAACAUUUACUUUCACUGUAAACUCACCACCAACAAUUGGUAUUUUAGAAGUUUAUCCAAAAUCUGGCAUUGCUUUACAAGAUGAAUUCCAAAUCAAGUGUGGUAAUGGUUGGUACGAUACUCAACUUCCACUUUCUUACAAAUUCAUGUACAAGACUUCUGAUGCAACUAUUUGGAAGGUUCUUUCUGAAAGAUCUGAAAAGAGAUCUAUUGCUACUUCUUUGCCUGCUGGUAACUUGCAAAUUAAGGUUGUGGUUUAUGAUUCCUUGGGUGCUGCUUCUGAAACUAUUAGUGAAGUGACAACAUCACUUCCAUCAUCUGGACAAGCUCUUGGACUUUUAGAAACUGCACAAAAAGGUUCUAUUUCUGUUUCUUCUUUAUCGGCCGUUCUUAGUGUUGUGUCAUCUGUUACUCCAGCUAGUGCUGAAGAAAAACUUGCUUUACAACAAGCUGGUAAAGCUUUCAUUGAUAAAUUCUUUGAACAAGAAGAUCAACAAAGUCAAAUUGUUUCAGAAUCAUCAGAAUCAGCAUCAACUAAGGUUUCAAUUAUUUCAUCAGUGAGUGAUAAUGUUCGAAACUUCCCAGAUGAUACUGUUUCAAAGAUUAUUGAUCAAUUCUUUACAACGGUUAUGGGUGUUUCUUCCUCUGAAACUAUUAGCAUGAAACCUGAUGAUAUUGAAAACUCUAAGAAGUCUGCAUCAUCGCUAGAAGAAUAUGUUUCUAGUUCCGUAUCCAAGAGAGCCAUUUCAACAUUUACUAUUCAAGAUUUGAACAAGAUUGACCAAAUCAAAGCAAAUCUUGAUGUAUUCAGUUCAAUGAAAAUUUUGGAAAGUUUAGAAAGUGUCAAAUUAGUCAACAAGAUUUACACAUUGAAGAAUUCAACACUCAAAUCAAUCAGUAAGGUUGUUGAUUUUGGUAUUGUUGUAAACAAUAAUAUAAUGUCCUUCUUGAAUGAAAAUGUAACCAUUGCUUCAAUCAAGAUUGAAAAGAUUUCUCAAACCAGAUCUGUUUUGACUAAUGAAAUAGCAUGUUAUACCUUGAAAAAUGAAGAUUAUGUGAUUACACCAACUUGUACACUUGUUAGUAAUGAUUCCACAUUUGUAACAAUCCAAAUCAGAGACUCUGGUUCCUAUGUUGUUGCUGAAGCUGAAACAACAAAACCUCAACCACCUACUUCUACUUCUGGUGAUACUGUUAUUCCUCCACCUAUUGUUGUUCCUAAACCUAACAUGAACUAUCUUGCUUUAUUACUUUUGAUUAUUCCUUUGGUGGCAGUGAUUGCUGUCAUUGUUGGUGCUGUUUUCGUCUUUACUAAGAAACGCAAAGAAACUCCUGGUAAUUCCAACAAGCUUAAUGAGAAGGAAUUGUUGAGUAUUUAA